AUGCAUUUUUCCACUCUUUUCACAGCCGCUACGGUUGCCCUUGUGGGCUUCAUAGACGUUGCAUCCGGCCACGUCGUUUUCAUCGAUGCUUGGGGAAGCACCAACCCAGCAAUCCACGGCCACGGCCUCGGAUACGGGUACCUCACUCCACGAAAGGGUACUCAUCUCGUCCCCUUCCAGCGUGACGUAGCAGUCUUUGAUGACAGAGUUGUUCAUCAUUGGGGCAAUAAGAAGUAUAGACCAAAUGGCUGCGGUUGUUCCGUCCAAAGCUCUGCCAACUGGUAUGCUGCGAACAACAAGAGCUUGUGGAUUAAAAAGGGGAACUGGCUGUUUAAUGAAAUCACCCCAGCUGCCGCAUAUAUUAAUGUGAGAAAUCACAUUAAUCAUCUGAGCUUGUUGGAAAGCAAGGGGAGCACAAGAAAUUGUAUUUCUACCGGGAGGAAGGGACUCAAGAAUGGUAUUCCAAAGGUCGCUGCCGGAAAAACGCUUACUAUCAUUGCACACCAAGUCAAUCUCGAUGGUGGUGGUCCAUUCCAUUGUAAGAUCGAUUACAAGGGAGUUGGUCAAAGUUGGACUAGAAACCUUGAAGUUGUAUCCUGCAGAGUCAAUGGUAAGCUUCACAAGGGGGGAAAAAAUUGUCCUGGUGAUCCAAACAGCAGUUUCAGCUGGCAUACUGUCGGCAAGAGACUUUCCUUCCAACUUGUUAUGCCAGCCAACUUGAACUGCCAAGGAAAGUAUGGAGCAAAUGGUAAAGUUCUCAAUAUUUGCCUCGUUCGAUGUGAGAAUAAAGCAGCGAACGGACCAUUCGGUGGAUGCGUUCCCGUCCAGCAGGUCAGACCUACCGUCAGGGUUGUCACUAAGAAGGUUGGCAACCAGAAGGUGACGUCGAAGGUUCCGAUCAAACCAGCUUCUAGCAGGAAGAUCAUAAUUAAACCACAGACCGUUAGAACUACGAUUGUCAAGGUUGUUAAAGUUCCAAUCAAACCCACCGGCAAGCCCGCUCCACCUAGAGUCAGGGUUGUCGUCGUUACCGCCCGGGACACUAUUAUCUACGUUUACAGGGGUCCAAACAAUACCAGGAUCCCAUCCAAAGUCAAGAAGGGUGCCGUCGUCACCGUCACCGAGACUAUCCCAGCGCCAACAGUCACAACCGUUACGACUACUGUCGUUGAACAAGAGGUAUUCGAGGACGAGGUUGUUGAAAAGGGCAAUGAUGACGAUGAUGGAGAGGAUGGUGAAGUUGAGGAUGGAACUGAGGAUGCUGGCAACGAUAUUGGCGGCAAGAAUGGCACUCCUGAUCAGAAGCCUACUGAGGAAGAGGUUGAGGCUGCCAUCGGUGGAGAAGAUAUUAGUGAAGAGGAAAAAGAAAAACUCAAGGAAGAGAAGGUCAGCGAUGAGAACAAAGAGUUGCUCGACGAGGCUGAUAAGAAUAAGGAUGAAACCAUGGAAGACCAUCCAGAGGAUACUAGCUAUUUUAAGAGACUUAGAAUGCGUCGCGCUUAG